AUGGAUGCUGAUGGAAAGGAAAGUACCGCUGAGGAUCCAUGUGUCCUCAAGCACCAUGUUUUCGUGAUCAGCGACAACCGAGUGCAGGAUUUCGACUCUGUGCAUCAUGCACAGAGGCUCAUAGCAAAAUACCUUAGCCAAGAUCUUAAGGUAGCUGUUAAGAAAAUGCACGAGUUCACAGAUGGCUGCGCUGCACAAUACAAGUCAAGGUACUGCACUGGGAACCUGUCCUGCUGUGUAGCCGAUUUUGGUUUUCCGAUUCAGCGUAACUAUUUCAAGACAUCCCAUGCGAAAGGAGAACAGGAUGCUGCAGGCUCCCACGUAAAACAACAAGGUACACUUGCUGUUACUCUUGGUUUUCACCCACGUGACCUGUAAAUUGACCACGUGCAGUGUUCGCCAUAUUGGUGCCCCUGACAUGUAAACAAAGCUGACUCGAAGAGACGCGCGACUGGAGAAGGACCUAGAUGUAACAAUGGUUAUGUGUAUUGUUGUAAGCUGUGCGAGCAAAAGCGAUACAGCAAAAGGAGUUGGUAUGUUUCGUAUACCUUCGGUUAUUUAUAAUCAAGGUGAAGAAACGAAGGAACUAACGAGAAUGAGGCGCGAGAGGUGGAUUUCUGCGAUUAGCAGAGACGAUGUGAAAUACAAGGACAUCUUCAAGAGUGAAAGAGUUUGUGGCCACCACUUCGUGUCUGGGAAACCUUCCCAGUGCUGCAAUAAGCACAACGUCGAUUGGGCUCUGAGUUUAAACCUUGGCAAAAAGAGAUACAGAGAAUAAAGCUCCUAGGCGGCGACUGAACGGGCUGAAAGAGCAAAAGCUCGAAGGAAGAGUGCCUUAGAACAACAGCAACUCGAGGCGGCGAAGAAAAUGACACUUCUGAAUGAAAGCGGUCCAUGGGUUGUGGAUAGAAAUUUUUCCAGCGAUUCAGCAAGUACCUCGGGAGAUGUUGAAGCGAUGGAACUUGCGCAUGAAGAUGCUCCAGUUGUUUGUGCUAACAACGCAGAACAACAAGAAGAAAGUAUGGCAACUGGUGUAGAAACACAAACAGAAACAUUUGAUUAUUUAUAUCGAAAAACUGUCGGAUGUGAAGCGCCCAACAAGGACGCUGAAACCCAAACAGAGGCAUUCGAUUAUUUAUAUCGAGAAACUGGCUGUUUAGAAGCGCCUGACAAGGACGCUGAAACCCAGACAGAAGAAUUUGACUAUCUUGUCCCUAAAAGUAGCGGCUAUCAAGCAUCAGACAGGGAAUUCUUUAAAGGUGACGAGAAGGUGCGUCUUUACAGAGGUCUGCCUUCAUACGAAGUACUCUUGGUGAUAUUUGAACAUGUUGCUCCUGAUGUCACUCGCUGUACUCAAUCAUUAGACAGAUUUCAAGAAUUUGUGCUGGUUUUGAUGAAACUUCGGUUAAAUGUGCCACUUCAGCACUUGGCUUACCGAUUUAACAUAUCUUUGACCACAGCCUCUAGAAUUUUUUCAUCUUGGAUGGUGGUGCUGGAUGCCAAGUUGUCUACUCUUGUUUUUUGGCCCGAAAGAGAACAGUUACGGAACACAAUGCCACUUUGUUUUCAGUAUGCUUUCAGAAAGAAAGUCACUGUGGUAAUCGAUUGUUUUGAGCUGUUUAUUGAAUGUCCAUCAAACUUACUUGCAAGGGCCCAAACAUUCUCCUCAUAUAAGCACCACAACACUAUAAAAAUACUCAUUGGUAUUUCCCCUCAAGGAAGCAUAUGUUUUGUGUCAGAAGUGUGGGAAGGCCGCACUUCUGAUAAGUAUUUGACCGAAAAUUGUGGAUUUUUGGAACAUUUAUUACCUGGGGACAUGGUAAUGGCGGACAGAGGAUUCACCAUUGCAGAGAGUGUCGGCUUAAAACAAGCAAAGUUGGUGAUUCCAGCAUUCACGAAAGGAAAAUCCCAGCUCGGCCCUGUGGAUGUGGAAAAAACAAGGGGAAUUGCAAAUGUGCGUAUCCAUGUGGAGCGAGUGAUCGGAUUGUUACGACGCAAGUACACUAUUUUAGAAGGAACACUACCAACUGAUUUCCUUAAUGCUGCAAAUGGAGAGGUUCCAAUGAUUGACCGUAUUCUGAGGGUUUGUGCUGUACCAGUGAAUUUAUGCCCUCCUAUAAUACCAUUUGACUAGUGGUUUAUUUGAUGCUAUUAAUUGCAAAGUGAUUCUCAGUUGAGUGAUUGUCAGUUCAUUCAACUUUGAUCUUAAAAUUUAAGGGGGUACACAGAAUCCAAGUUACCAUAUUGGUUCGAUUAAGCGCCUCGAAAAAGCGCCCACUCUAAUGGUCCAAAAAUUUUAUGUGCCCUAAGAGCUUAAUUAAAGAAAUACAGUACGCAAAAAGACAUGGCGACUGGUACAUUUACCCAUUUUUCAUUGUGCAUAAAAAAAAAUUCAUAAAAGUUCUAAAAACUGAGAACUUAGCACAAAUCAUGCUGUUGGUAUGGGUACCAAUUCCUUAAAAAAAAUGGCUUUCUAGUUUUCUACUGGCAGUGUUAGGUU